AUGUUGUACGAGCCCUUUAUUUAUUCUUUAAUGUGGUUUAUUAGCUUUAAAGUUAAGUACCUAUUUUGUCUGUUCGAGCGAAGAAUAACUAACGGACAAGUUGAAACCAAAGGGAAGAGGUAUGUGGUGUACCUUCUAAAUUCACCAUAUUCAGAAUACCAGCCAGAAGCCUGGCUCUGUGGUGGAGUUCUUAUUUCAACAACUAAAGUUUUGACAUCAGCCGCUUGCCUUACCGAAGUCAGUCAUAUUUAUGUGAUAGCUGGCUAUAAGAAAUACGUCAGUGGUAAUAGUAUACAAGACAAUGAUUGCACACGGUUUAAGAAGAAUAAGAUUAUCAGGAUUAUUAUUCCUAAAGCAUUUAAUUCAGAAACGUGGAUAAAAUUCGACAUAGGCGUUGGUGUUGUCGAAAAACCGUACGACUUUCUCGAUAUAUCGUAUCGUUCGAUAUGUUCGUACGAACCAGAAGCUGUAGCGAUUAAUUACGAUGUCAAUCUGGAGGUCCCUAAUACUGCUGCUGUGGCAUUUGGUUGGGGAGGGUCGAGAGCUCGCGAGCCUGGAGUAGAUGGUGACCUAAACUCAAACUACUUGAUGUCAGCUCAAACACUUAUAACGCACAAAGAAGUAUGCCAAAAACUGUUCCCAGAUAGUGUGGAUUAUUACUUCCUUUGUACUACAGCGUCAACUGCAUCCGAAGACAUUUUUUCUAACGUUAAAUGUAACCAGACUGAUUCCAAUGGCACUCUUCCUAAAGAGUGUUUGGAUCCUGUCGAAGUAAACAUCAGUAGAAAAUCUCUAUCUGACAAUAAUUACACUACUACUACUAGGAUUGACGACAAAAAUGUAACGCUUGAUGAUUUUAAUAGAACGAGCAGAAAACAAGGGAACGAGAAUAUCUAUGGUGGGAUUUGUCAGAAUGACCACGGUGGACCUUUAAUAGCAUUCUCAGGUGACAAGGAGGUGGUUAUAGGAAUUGCGUUGAAUAGCGUUUACGAUGAAGAAUAUCAAUGUAAAGGCCCCUUCUUAUAUCUGAGCACAGCUCAUUCUAAAGUACUCAUUAAAUGUUUACUUGCUUCCGUCGAUGAAACACGAAAGGUAUGUGAAUCAAUGAAUUACGCGGUAGAUGAACGAAUUAUUAAGUGGCCAGAUGUUAAACGUAAAGUACCAAAGGAAUGUGAAGAUGGAGGAUGUCAGGCUGUGCGAAUCCGACCACAAGUGAGAUUAUUAGACUUGAUAGAUGAUGCUAUAGAACAGUGAACUGUUACACCCUUUUUUUAUCGUCCCACUACUGGGCACAGGCCUCCUCUCACACGGAGAACAGUGAACACCGUUUAAUAUUGAUUUAUUGAGCUUGAAAAAUACGAAAACAUUAUUGUUUCAAUUAGA